AUGACGAAUCUACAAGCCGCCAUUGGAGCCUACUAUGAUUUCGAGAGUCCAAAUAUCAAUGUACCCUCCAUGUCCUUUGUUGAAGAUGUCACCAUAGGUGAAGGAGAGUCCAUCCCUCCUGAUACCCAGUUUACAAAAACAUGGAGGAUACAAAACACAGGGACAGAGGCGUGGCCCCCGGGGGUUUGUCUGAAGUAUGUCGGGGGAGACCAAUUUGGCCACGUAAACAUGGUGAUGGUCAGGUCCCUGGAGCCCCAGGAGAUUGCAGACGUCAGCGUUCAGAUGUGCAGCCCCAGCACAGCAGGAAUGUAUCAGGGACAGUGGCGAAUGUGCACCGCCACGGGACUCUAUUACGGAG